AUCGCAUCCAUCCAUCCAUCGUUUGGAACCAACGUGACGGCCGCAUAUACGCUUAAACAAGCUAUCACGACAUCCAUCCAUCCAUCAUGUCUUUGUCCACCGCUGAGGCUGCGUGCGUCUACGCCGCUCUUAUCCUCCACGACGAUGGUGUUGAGAUCACGGCCGAGAAGAUCAACUCCUUGAUCGGCGCUGCCGGUGUCGACGUCGAGCCCAUCUGGGCCUCCCUGUUCGCCAAGGCUCUCGCUGGCAAGGACGUCGGUGACUUCUUGUUCAACGUCGGAUCUGCUGGACCCGCUGCUCCCGCUGCUGGAGGUGCCGCUGCCGGUGGUGCCGCUGCCCCCGCUGAGGCCAAGAAGGAGGAGAAGAAGGAGGAGAAGGAGGAAUCCGACGACGACAUGGGCUUCGGUCUCUUCGAUUAAGCUGUUGUAUAUUGUUUCCAUACAUAAUACACAUCGCACGUCUCUUCGGUCGCAA